AAAACGCAAGAAUCCAAGAUAUCAAGAGAAAAAUGGCGGCGUCRAUGGAAAGUGCCAAAGAUUCCGUUGACAAAAACUGGCUGAAAGAAUUGUUCAAAAGGAUUGACACAGAUAAUAGUGGUAGCAUUUCAAGUGAGGAACUUCAAAAGGCACUAACAAAUGGCUCUUGGACUCCAUUCAACCCCGAAACUGUUCGUCUUAUGAUAGGGAUGUUUGAUCGGGAUAAUUCCGGUGGUAUCGAGUUCGACGAAUUUCUUUCUCUGUGGAAAUACAUCUGCGACUGGGAGCAAACAUUUCGAUCUUAUGACAAAGACAAUUCUGGAACAAUCGACAGAGAAGAGCUUGAAAUUGCUUUAACGAGUUUUGGGCACAAAUUAUCUGAUAGAAUAUACAGGCUGAUGAUAAGAAGGUUUGAUCGGUCAGGUCAAGGUGAAAUUAGAUUUGAUGAUUUUAUCCAAUGCUGCGUGGUUUUGCAGAUUUUAUCAAACGCGUUUCGAUAUCACGAUCAAAACAUGCGUGGAACCAUCACACUCGAUUUUGAAGAAUUCAUAAAUGUGGUUUUGAGCCUAAAUAUUGGAAAGGUUUAAUUUAGAAGCUGCAAAUCACUGCCAAUCUGCCGAAUUUUUAUUUUCCCACGAGUCACAUGCUCUCUKAGCCCUCAGCAAAUCAAGAUUUUUAAUCAUCCGAACAGCAUAAWAUUAUUAGAAUAUUGUCGGGCAAACGUCUGGGGCCGUAGAAAAGAAAACACGAAACGAAGUCGAAWGCCUCUCGCAAUUCUAGAUUGAGCACAGUGCUCCUGAGCAGGUCAGAGUUUGUUUGUUUGUGUUUGUUUGUUUGCUUUUUUUUUCAAGCCUGCACUUGACUGUAAGUCCUGUAAUACUUUGGCUAGAUGGUUAUGUUUCAACCAAUGUCCCCAGGCCUAGAUUAGCAAGCCAACCAGGAUAUAAGUUUUGUUAUAUAGCCCUUAUAGUACAUUCAACAAAAUAAWMCUUUUCCUUGGCCGAAAGGAAUACAAUUAGCGUUUUAUUUGACAAUUAAAAUUGUACUCCUUAUAAAAUUUUGUUUAAAUGAAGGUAAUAAACAAAAAAAACCGCACAAUCUCUCGUGCAAUUUGGAACUAAUAGUCACUCAUUAUGUUUUGAAAGUUCUCAAAUACUGAAAUUACGAAGAACUUUCAAAACAUUUACUCGUGUCAAUUAGUUCCAAAUCGUACUCAAGGUCGUGCGAUUUCCUAUACUAAGUCAUAGGCCGCCCAACUAUUACAUUAGAGACAGAAAAAAACGAAUGCUCACGCAAUGUAUAUGCUAUCGGCGCGUGGUCUUAGAAAAAUUCGGGUUACCUGUGGUGUUACGUCACGAUCCCGCGCCUGGAAAGUACAUACUAAUCUGUGACACGCGCAGAUCAUAUACAUAAAAUAAAAGCGUGCGCAUUUGUUCUUUUCUGUCUCUAAUGCAAUAGUUGGGUGGCCUAUGUACUAAUAGAUCAUUUUGGUUCAUGGGUUUUCGUGUUUGUCAAUAUAUCAAGCAAUUUAUUAUAGUGAAUGAAUAUAGUCACUUUGCACCAUAAAGUUAUGGAAGCCAAUGCACGAGUGCUGUAAAUUAUCAUAGAAUCCACUUCUAUUGCAACUAAUGCUAUGUGACAGACGGUGACAAUGACGAAUUAUCAGUACGUUAGCCCUAAUCCAGUAUUGAUUGAUCCUGCUUAUCUUACGGAAAAACAAGAAUUACAUACACUAGAGACAAAGAUAGCAAGCAAAAACCUUGUUUAACUUUGGUUUAAAACACCAAAAUAAAAAAAUCUCCAUAUAUCGUGA